UCUUGCUGAUCAUGGACUCCCUGACAUUCUCUGUGCUUCCAGACUCUUCCCUGAACGCUACUCAAGCUGCUUCCAACAAGGUGUGCCCCGAGAAUGCCUCUAGUAGCUUGGUGCCAGGGAAGUCAAGGGUCAGGCCUGGCCGCAGGUAGAGCCGCUGGCGAGUAGUUUUGGGGGGUGGUCCUUGUAUGAGGUCCCUGACCUAUGACGUACCUAGGGCGUGGCCCCCACGAAGCUGGCUCACCGCCUGACUUCUGGUGGGCGGGCGGGAGCGCGUCGGGGGGCGCACGUGGAAGGGUGGGCGGGGUCUGGUACGUGGUGGGCGUGCAUGCGCGGCGCUCAGGCCUUUGAGGUGGGGUCUAUGGGGUGCUCGAGGUGGCGGUUGGUGGCCUUGGCUGGCGCGGGCGUCGCCCUGGCUCUGGAGGCCCUUCCCUGGUUGGUCCGCUGGUUGCUGGCCGGGCAGCAGCCGCGGCGCGAGGUGCUGUUCUUCCCUUCGCAGGUGACCUGCACCGAGGCUGUGCUGCAGGCCCCGGGUGCGGCGCCCGGUCCUGCGUCGGGCUGCCAGUGCAGCCUUCCGCACGGCGAGAGCUCGCUGAGCCGCCUGCUGCGCGCGCUGCUGGCCGCCCGCUCCAGCCUGGAGCUCUGCCUCUUUGCCUUCUCCAGUCCACAGCUGGGGCGCGCCGUGCAGCUGCUACACCAGCGCGGGGUGCGUGUCCGGGUCAUCACCGACUGUGACUACAUGGCCCUCAACGGCUCUCAGAUUGGCCUGCUGCGCAAGUCAGGUAUCCAGGUGCGGCAUGACCAGGACCUAGGCUAUAUGCACCACAAGUUCGCCAUUGUGGACAAGAAGGUGCUCAUCACUGGCUCCCUCAAUUGGACCACGCAAGCCAUACAGAACAACCGAGAGAAUGUCCUGAUCAUGGAGGAUGCUGAGUAUGUACGGCUGUUUCUGGAGGAGUUUGAACGCAUCUGGGAGGAGUUUGACCCCACCAAGUACAGCUUUUUCCCCCAGAAGCAGCGAGGUUACUGACCCUGCUUUGUCUUCAACCCUUGGCCAGACCCUGUGAUAUUCCCUCCCCUUUUACCCCAGAAACAGCAACGUCACUGACUCUGCUUUGUCCUUCUCAAUCCUUUGGCCUGACCCUGUGAUAUUCCUUCCCUUUUUUGGACCAGCCUUUCCUGACUGGCAGGCUGCAGUCUUGGGCUCACUGGGGCUGAACAUUGUGUUCCUUGCUUUACCACCCUAAAGGUGGUAAAAGUGUAGUGGUAUAGGCAGUGCUGUGAACCAUCUUAGAGGGGUUGACAAGACAGGUAGGUCAUCCUCUUAAGUAGCAUCCUGGGAUCAUUAAAACAGACCUGCCUGAUGGUGUUGACCUUCUGUAGUUGUCCUUCCGUCUUGUAGUAUUGUGGCAGUCACUGGUGAGGAUUACAGGUAGCCAUAAGCUGCAUCUGUGUCUAGGUUUUGCUUUUAAUUUUAAACAUCCCUCAUAUUCAGGGCAAUCCUAUGUAUUUAGAAGUAACCUCACCUUUAGCACCACAGACUCUGUAUUUGAUCAGUGGCUUUCUGCUCACUGUAGUGGAGCAGGAAUUGCUGCCAAAGGGUGUGUAGAAGGUGAACGGAGCUCCCAGGCUGUGGUUUCAGCUCUGGAGUGAGUGGGCAUUCACAGGGAGUUAGAGGAACAUGUUUCUCAUAUGCAUUUGCAAAUGUUUCAAAUAAUCUUUUCUGUUGUUCAUCUUAUACGUAGGUAGCUCAAGUGAUACCAGAGCUAUCAUUUUGUCAUUGCUUAUGCUUGUGUGCAUGACAAGCUCUGUGUGGCUUCUUAGGGUUCAAUCUGAGUGAAUGAAGGUCUCCUUCCACAGCUCAUGCCAACAUUAUCACCAGAGACUGCUCAGUGCGUGUAUGUUCUACCUUUUGAAUGCCACUAUACCUUUGAUGUAGUGUUAGUCAAGUAAAUUUAAUGUUGACUUUCUAAAAGAUUCAACAGAAACUGUAAAGUGUAAUAUAUCUAGAAGAGUUUGUGCUGGUUGAGUUCCCUCCUGUCUGGAGUCGGUGAACCCCCCCAGUGUAUUCUGAAGAGAGCAAGGGGGUAGGGAUCACCGUGUCCUUAAGUGAUUAUACCUUUGGGGACCCUGGACUUCUAGCAUAUUUCAAUAAACAUUCUUAUUUUAGAAUAUGAACUGCUCUAUGUUUGGCUUAACCUGCUACAUUUAAAUAUGGCUAUUCUUUAUUAAAGCAUCUAAUAGUAUACAGCUAUUUCAACACUAGUGAGGAAGACAGGAGCCUUUGGCAGAGCAGUACACUAUAAGUAGCAGGCAUCGCCAAAUUAGCAUGUUUUCCACACAUGGCAGCUUCUCUGGCCCUAUUUCCAGUCUGCCAAGGCAGAAGCAUGAUUCCUAGACAUUUCCUCUCUGCCAUCUGUCUGACCUAGUAUGAUGUGUGCAUGUCUAGAGUCAGAGUGUGGUCAUAAGGCUCCUCCACACCUGCCCCCAUCCCUUCUGGAGCAGGCAGGUGUCCACAUGGCCGCAUGUGCUCCUCAGCUCAGCUAUUCUUAGCUAUAGGAGUGCAUGAAUUCAGACUUUCUUUUCUCUUUCAUCAUCUUGAAGUUGAAUCCCUGGAAAGAGCUUGUAGAAAGUUAAAUAUCCCUUGAGAAAAUGUGCUACUAAAAUCUCCCUCAAAAAGUGGAGGUUCUUGGCCUGGGGAGGUGGCUCAGCAGUUAAGAACACUGGUUUUCUUGCAGAGGACUCAGGUUCAGUUCCCAGCACGCACAUGGUCACUAAUAAUCCAUAGCUCCAGCUCUGGGCAAUUCGAUCUCUUCUUCUGGCCUCUACAGGUGACACAGGUGUACUUACAUACAUGUAGGCAAAUUACUCAUACACCUUAAAAAAAAAAGUGGAGGUUCCUUUUCUCUACCCAGUUUUCCUUGGCUGUGGUACCAAUGCCUCUGAGCCAGAGUAGCACAGGGCCACGCACCCUCAGAGUGUGGCAGGCUGAUCAAGCAGACCAGUGGGCAUGAAUGCACUGUAGAGUGCCAGUGGGGUCUGUUUAGGGCACUAUUCCAGUGACUGACAGGCAGGUGAAGGAGGGGAAGGGCUGGGUUCUGCUCCAACAUACCCUAGGCAGGUGAUACUAGACCCCAUAUGGAAAAGGCUAGGGAUGUUACUUGGGCUUCCCUAUUUUUGAAAAAAAUUACAUUUGUAUGUGGACAUGCACUUGUGCCACCAUGCACAUGAUGUGAGAAGACAACUUUUGGGAGUUGGUUCUCUCCUGCUUGUGGCUUGAGGUAGUGGUGGUGGUGUGUGUGUCAGGGUUUGCGGCAAGGCCCAAACUGUAUUAGCCCCUGUAUUCAAAAUUAUUUUUUCCUCUAGAGAAACACGCAAUGAGUAGACUUGAUAGUUUCCUCAUGAGCAUCUAAGAAAUCUCCACCUGCCCAUUAUCAGCUUAGUGGUUAGGGUUAUUGUUUUCCCAUUUGGUUUUUUGACAGUGUUUCAUGUAGUCCAGGCUGACCUCAAACUCACUAUAUACCUGAGGCUGGCCUGGAACUUGUUCCUCCAGGUGGAUAUCCACUCACUCCAGCAUGAUUAAGAUGACUUUCCCUCCAAUGAAUGAUAUUGACACCUUUGUUGAAAAUCAAUUGACUAUUAAUUUAAUGGCCUAUUUCUGGCUCUGCAUUGUUCCACUGUGGUAAUGCCAGCAUCACUGUUAACAAGUAUAACAAUAACAGCAGUAGUAUGUUUUGGAAACCUGGUGGCAUGUCUUCAUUUCCAAUGAUUUUGACAUUCUGGAUCCCUUACAUCUCCACAUGAACCUUUUUUAACUUUAAAAAGAAUUUAUUUUGGACUGGGUGUGGUGGUACAUGCCUUUAA